CCCUAAUUAAACAUUUUAUUAUUUUUGUUUGUUAAAAUAAAUUUUAUAAGCACAAGUGGCCAAAUAAAGCGUUGUUGAUGACAAGUGACUGACUGGCGGGCAAUUAGCGAGUGGGCAGGCCAAGAAAACAAAAGGGCCUCUUAGUUUCACUUAAUUAAAAAAGAGGAAGCCGGCGCGAGGCAGAGAAAAAUUGCUGCAAAAUAACGUAGUACUCGCUUUGCGUCUGUGUACGCGAGACCGUGUGAAGAUAUUUGUUCCCUGAAAAAACGAGACAAAAUGCCUACUUGACUCCUGUUUUUAAUUACAGCUACAGCUUCCUUUUUAGCGUCACUAAAAUCGUCAACUCUUUAAGUAAUUAUUAUGAAAAUUUUGUUAUUUCUAAGCAAGAAACGAUCGCUAAAAUUGUCGCUAUUUCGGUAAAACUUGAACAUAAAAUACAAUGAGUAUAAUAUUUCCGCGGCGCACUGCGGAAAUUUAGUUUAUAACAAGCUAUGUAACGUCAAGUGUGUGAGUUCACUCGAGGGCAGGAAUCGUUAAAAAUAAUUUACAAUUUUUCCUGUUAGCAUGCAAAAAAUCCGUCGGCUUGAAGUUUUCAGCGUGUGAAAAACUAAAUUGCUCGUUGCCAGCCGACGCGAAAAUUUCUACCAAGUUUAGUUACUAUAAUUUUCCGGAGUCCAUGGGCUGGGUUGAGUACAAUGCGAUGCCCGCAGCCAUCAUUAAGGUGUGUUUGCGCCUCAUGCCACGUCUUCCAUUCAUAUUUCCACUUCUCGAACUUUCCGAACACUCGCUCGUUGUACGACGACGCUGAUUCUGAUACACACAAAACAUUCGCUAAGUAUUUGUCUGAGAGAAUAAAAGGCUGAAAAAGGCAUUCACUAUUUAGGUAUAUAAAGUAAAGUAGAUCCUUUUUUGCGAGUCUUGACAUGUAAUUUUCUCACCAUGCCGAGUAAUAUACCUUAAAUAGAGAAAUACAUAUUUGAAAACAUUUGGCGAUUGUGAAUUAUACAUUUUCAAUUGCGUAAAUAAUGAAUUGAACAAAUGUUAGCUUGCACUCUUCAAUACGAAUCUUACGCAAUAGUCUAGUCUUGUAAAUAAGGAAACUACUUAAUGACCAACGCGGUUGCCUACUUCUAAAACUUUCGGUUAAUGGUCUUGGUAAAAUGUACACCAAAAAGCUUGUUAUUUAACUUCCUAAUAGUAUUGAUUUAGUGGCUGGUCAUAGAGAACUUCGCCUUUAGAAGUUUUUCAGAACAAUUCCUAAAACACUUCCCUGACAUAAAAACAUCGUAUUUUUUUUUUGUUUUGUCAUUUAAGGCCAAGGCUUCAAUUUUUUUUAUGAUUAUAACUUCAAAUAACCUCCUUUACUUUUGCUGGUAUUAAGUCAAGCUAUAUAUAUUUUUUUGAAAACUCAAUUUCUUUUAAGUGUCAAAUCAAAUUAUUAAGCCGGAACAAAAAGUCUCACACAAGUUUUAUCUCCCGUUCAAACAGAACAUCUAAAUAUCAAGCCAUGCUAAAAGCUAACAUGCUGUAUAUUAAUUAGCAGUCACGACUCUUUUACCUACGAUAAGGCAAAUACGAUGUUAUCUAGGCUACUUCACUCUCGCAAGCACCUACGUGCCUACUUUCUCAGAAUAAGCUCAUUUUUGAAAGGCAAAUUUACCGUCGUGUAAUUAGGGAAAGACUGGCUAAGAUGUGGCCCGAAGUGUAUUUGUGUUUAUACCGCGGUGCUCCCUUUUAUUGUUAUUACUGUACAGGAAAAUGAGUUCUGAGAAUGAGAAAGUCAAGGAAGAAUUAAAUUGAAAUCAUCUUUAUUUGCUUGUGUAAAACGUAAUUAUUGGUUUUUGUUUAUGUGUAUUUAUAGACAGUUUUUCUCAGGCUUCAAUCAUAUUCUCGUUCUAUGAAAUCGAAUUAUGAUUGCUUUUAAUAUACUUGGUAAGACGCAAUAGUAACUACUUCUACGAUCUAUUGUUGUCGUUUCGCAUGUUCAACAUUUAAAAAGAAACAAAAUUCCAUUAUUCGUGGAAUACAAGCCGUAAAGAGCCUAUAAAACGCGUUGAAAAUAAAUGAACGUCGCCUGCGGUGAAAUUGAUACUCAUCAAGGCAGAUAGCCUAUCAAAAGUUAUAAUAUCAGACAAUAUCAGUAUGCAUUAAAUGAACCGUGUGGUAUCCGAGGCUUUCAGGAAUUAAAUGCUGAAGAUUUUCGUGCCAAAGGCACCCCCUUACCAAACAACCCCUGCAAUUAAAACGCACCCGAAGGGUUGCACCGCUUUUCAAAUUGCAAACACGUCCAUUGUUUUAAUCUACUCCUCUCCCAGAAUCCUGGGUAUAAUACUGAAGGACUCCUAGUUUGCUUUGACCUCCCGCCUUCAACACUUACGUAUAAAAAGGUUCUAUAAAAGGGUUCUAUAUUAGCUGGUCGGUUUCAGUUGAGCGAAAUUAAGGGUUGUGUACUUGAUUGAAAUAAUAAUCUUGCACAGACAAAAAUGUAUCUCGUGUGAUCAUAACUAAUAAUUCUAACUUUAAAGAUAUCAUCAACAAUAAAAUUAUUGGUUCCGUAAGUUAUCGUUGGAAUAUUACAAAAUAAUACCAAGUACAUUUUCCGUAGUGCACAAGUGUAUAAUUACAUUAUACGAUAUCGUAGAAUGAAAUUGGUUUAAAAGAACGGCGUAAUAGAGUAAAAUACAUAAUGAUAUGCCUCCGCAAUAUUCUUAAAUGAAAAAAUAUAAAUGCUAAAUUAUGUCAGGUCUCUAUAAAUGGGCGAUAUUUGUAUCAUUUCGAUUUGUUUGGAAUACAGUGAACAAGUUCUUGACAACAAUGCCGACGGACCAGUCAAAAAUGUUUGACGACUGCAUUUUCGUCAUAAAACUUUUUGGUAUAUCCAUAGAACGGUCACCGUCAAUAUUCGUAAAAAUCUGCUCUUACACGUAUGUCCUUAUAAACUUUGUUUUCUACAACAUUCUGCUAACACUGAACCUGUAUUACACGCCACGAAAAAUUGAGCUGUUAAUAAGCGAAGUGAUCUUUUAUUUUACUGAAGUAUCAACAUGUUCCAAAGUUAUAAUUCUUGUCUUUAUGAGGGAGAAGCUUGUGGAUAUUCUUGAAUUCGUAAACCGCGACGAAUUUAAAGGUGAUUAUGGAGACAAGAAUGGACUGUUAUACAAAUAUACCAACAGAAUUUACAAAUUGUGGAGGAAAGCCUACGUAGUAUUUUCUAACAUGUCCUUUGUAUUUCUGAUGUUUACUCCAAUACGAAAUUACAUAAGUAGAGCUGAUACAGAUCUACCAGUAUGCAAAUAUUACUUCUUGAGCGAUCAAGCUCGGGAGAAGUAUUACACUUUUUGGUUCAUUUAUCAACCGUUUGGGCUAUACGGUCAUAUGAUGUACAAUGUGAACUUUGACCUGAUGACUGGUGGAUUGUUCAUAUUCGUUAUAGUCCAAUUGCAGUUGCUUUACAAUAAUUUGUCCAAUUUAAAAGUAUCUGAAGAAGAAAUCUUGUUACCGGAGGAACUUCAAGACAAGAUUCAAGUUGCUAAGCUCCAUCAAUGCUUGAGGCACUACGCCCUUAUUAUAGAAUUUUGUGAUAAAAUCCAAGAUUUACUCAGCGUAUCAUUUUUCGUUCAGUAUUUCUCAGCGACCCUGAUCAUUUGCGUGGUUUUGUGCGUUUUAGUAUUGGCUUCUUCACCAGACACAUUGCUUUUUUUGUUGAUGUAUUUGACCAACAUGACAUCGGAGAUUUUUGUACCAGGGUUUUUGGGUAACGAACUCACUUAUAAGAGUGAAAUGUUAAUGAGAGCAGCCUAUGACUGCGAAUGGAUCCCACGUUCGAAGAAAUUUAAACUAAGUUUGAGAUUAUUUGUGGAAAGGGCAAAGAGGCCUAUUGUGUUUACCGGCCUCAAAAUGUUCUCCUUGUCUCUAAUAACCUUUACUUCGAUAAUGAAGACUGCUUAUUCAAUGUUUACUCUGAUUCGAAACGUACAAGAAGUUCCAGAGUGAGAAAAAAUCUACGGUGGGUUUCAUAACGCAAAUAGUUUUCCAAUUUCCUAUGCUCGCAAUUUUCUCCCUUUUAGUACGCAUAAUGCCUACGUUCACAAUAGCAUAAGUAAACAAUAAAAAACAUAAGAAGAAAAUCUUUUUUUAUCAUAAAUUCUUUCAGAGCCCAAUUAAAUAGAUAUUGAUUAAUGUAUAUUGAAAAGCUUUUAUUAUUUUAUAUCUCACAUGAACUACAACCAUAUUUAUUGGUCAUCAUUGGCCUAGCCUUUUCCCAACUAUGUUGGGGUCGGCUACCAG